AUGACAAGGGCUGGAAGAGGUGGAAGCCAAGAGCAAUCAAACGACGAUUAUGAUCCUUACGCGCAUCGCGAAACUCUGAAACCAGUCUCCGACUUCGGAUCGUUGGCGACUCUGGUGAAGAGCGCAGUCGGGACAGGGCUGUUCGCGAUACCGAACGCGUUCUCCGACGUUGGUUUGUUUAUUGGAAUAGUUGGCACGAUUCUAAUGGGCAUGUUCAUUACGGGAUCCCUUCAAAUCCUCUUGAAAAUUCAUCAGACGAUGUGCAUCAAACUGAAGAAACCAAUUCUGAAUUACGACGAGGUGGUCGUCGCUAGUUUGACGAUCGGGGUUAGGAAACCUUGGCUCUCUGCGCGGGUCGCGACAUUCAUGGUCGACGUGAUCAUGUUAACGUGUUACAUGGGCGUCGGCGCAGUGUAUGUAGUGUUCGUAUCUGGAGUGAUUCAAGAAUGCAUCGACACUGGGAAAACGAUCGAUCAAGGAUAUUAUGCGUUGAUGUUCUUUCCUAUUUUCUUUCUAAUGAACAUGAUGAAACAUUUGAAGGACAUGGCGAGUGCAGCCAUCGUUGGGAAUGUGUUACUCUUUUCAGCGGCUCUGAUCGGUACAGUGUACGCGUUGAAGGACGGCAUUGGAGAAAAGUGGGUCUGGGUCAGUCCACGUAUCGGUCUUUACCCGAAAUUUAUUGGGACGGUUUUCUUCAGCAUGGUUUCUCCGGGAGUCAUAUUAGCGAUAGAGCACGAAAUGGAAACACCUUGGAACUACACGAAAUUAUGCGGAGUGCUCCAUUGGGGUAUGACGUUCAUAACAUUGCUGCACGUUCUUGUCGGUGCUAUUGGUUACUUGAAGUGGGGCACCGAUGCUUUAGGAAACUUCAUUCGAAACCAUCGCGUAAACGACGUAGCAACCGUGGCUGCCCUGUCGAUGCAAGCUAUAGCGAUAUAUUUCACGUACGGAUUACAAUGCUACAUGCCAAUAAAUAUAUUAUCAAACGCGUACGUGCUCCCAGCCCUCGAAGAGAAUAUUUGUAAAGGAAGUCCGUUCGUCUGGGACCUGAUUGUUCGUUUCGCCGUCAGCCUCGCCACAUGUUUGUUGGCAGCAUCGAUACCCAAACUCGACCUAUUCACUGGCCUGGUUGGAUCUAUCUGCAUAUCGACUUUGUCUACGCUAAUUCCAGUCGCUCUGUACAUUCUCGUGUAUUAUGGCAACUAUGGAUCGCGAAAAUGGAGACUUAUCUUAGGGCUAUCCUUACUGUUCAUUGGACUCGUCAUCACGCUAUGUGCGGUCGUAGUCAAUUUAACCCUGAUCGUUCAAUACUUUGCACAGAAGUAACGUAUGAACACGUCGUGAUAUACUAUAUAUUAUACUAGAAACUGUGUAUGUACUGUUAAAAACGUGUAUGAACAGACCUGAGCGUAUUUCAAAUGAAAUGAAAAUAAGAAAUUACAUUAUAAAUUUAAAAAAAAAAAUGAUGUUCACUUAUUAAAGA